AUGGCGGUACACAGGCAAAGUGUACUGGCAUGGAAGAUUGCCAUGACCUUCAUCCACACCAUCGCCGUCUCCUCGACCUGCAUACGACUGUACGACCGGUUUUGGGAGCAGCGGCUCUGGUGGGACGACUACCUCGCGAUUCUACCAACAGUGCUGGACGUGUUGUAUUUUGCGUCGUUAUGGACAGGUCCAUUUUCGGGACAUGUUCUCUUCAAAUAUGAUCCAAACCCCUUUCGCGGCUACCUAUUUCCUGUUUUUCUACACUUUUCUAUCCUAUGGACUACCCGCAUCGUCCUGGCGCUUUCCCUCUCGCGGCUGUUCCCUCCCAACAGCCGUCCCCGGCGCAUCAUGUUCGGCCUGGUCGCCCUCUUUCUCGUGUUGUACGCUAUCAUCCUCGCGUUCACGUUUACGACAUGCACACCUGUAAACCGGCCAUGGUAUAAAGCAAGCAGUUCUGACUGUUCACAACUGCCGUCGGGUCCUGUUCCGGUCUUUGUGGCUCUGGGUAUUGCAGGCGACCUGGCAUCCGAUUUACUCCUAGUUGUAUUGCCGCUCAUCAUGAUAUGGCGGAUCAAGCUUCGCAGCCACCAGCGUCGCCUAAUCUUGGUUGUUGUGUCUGCCAGCGUCCUAACAAUUGCAGUAGCUGUCGUUUAUGCCGUCUUCUCAUUCAGCAAGGUGAACAAGACGGAGACCCUGCUCUUCUGCGCGAUGUUGGUUAAUUUGGUGUCCGUCACAAAUCUAAUCGUCUGCAACUUCCUUGUGGUUUCCCUAUUCUUUUACCGUCGACUUCGUCGCUGGCGAGGAGCUGCAACCGACUCCGAAUGUGAAAGCGCAUCAACCACAUCUGAAAAAACGUCGGAUAAUGGGAGACCACCCAAUACACGCAGGCUCCAACCGACCUUUGAGAUUCCGACCUCACCUAGACCAGUCUAUUCCACCCAAAUUUAUUCAACGGUCAAUCUCACAGAGAUUACACAAUCGUCCCGUUCGUCAUCCUACUACUCUUCCGAUUCUUCAAAACAUUUGGGCCAAUUAUCAUCAACGGCGAGCGCUGCCACCGGAAAUCUUGAUUUGGAUGGCAAAUAUACGGACAAAGACCUGCCACCAUGGACUUUCUCUUCUGGACAUUCAUAG